AUGGCUAUCACCCCUGACAAGCAGAAACAAGAACAACAACAUCAAUCGCAGGAGCAACCGCUCGACUAUGCUCACGUAUGCAAGUGUAUUGCUAUGUUCUUUGUCGUUGCGGGCGUGGUGCUGAUGUUCUUCGAGACCGGGUUGGACCCAGAACAGAAAGAGCAAAUCAAGCGACUCCACCAGUUGGACAGCAUUCCUCACGCUUGA